GAUACCCUUCCUGCUGUUCACCAUAAUAGUUACCAUGCCAUGUGUCUACCUGGAGAUGGUCAUUGGUCAGUAUUCACAGAGUGGACCUAUCAACGUUUGGCAUCUGUGUCCGCCUUUCAAAGGUAUUGGUUUAGGUGGCGUCAUAUAUUCGUGGUUGUAUUCCACCUACUUCAGCGUCAUUUUCUGCUGGUUCAUGUUCUACCUCUACCAUUCCUUCUCCGACAACUUUCCUUGGAACAACUGUGACAACCACUGGAACACCAUUGCGUGCACAUCCUAUAAUUUAGAAAACACCACAGGGAAUAACAGCACCAGUUACCCAACUCGUGAUGAUAACGUUGGGAACGUUUCUUCAGAUUCUGGUGGAAUUCACGAUCACCUGUCCGGUGCUGAAGAAUUCUGGAGAUUCCAGGUGUUGCAAGUGACCGAUGGUCUGGAGCAUCUGGGUGGCAUCAGGUGGCCUCUGGCUGGGUGUCUGGCCAUCACAAUGGGACUUCUGUUUCUGUGGGUUUCUCAAGAAAUAAAAGUUACCGGGAAGCUUGUGUAUGUCACCGUGGCUAUUCCCUACAUCCUUACCUUCAUCUUCCUCAUCCGUGGCUGUCUACUACCAGGAUCCGCAGAUGGGAUUUAUUUCUACAUCAACCCCAAUUUUGAAAGGCUAAAGAACCAAGGGUAUGGAUCGAGGCUCUUGGUUAUAGCCUGUAUUCUCUAGGUGUGUCUACUGGGUGUAUUGUCACAAUGGCUGGCCACAACAUCAUAAACAACCGCUGUCUCAAGGAUGCAAUAGUGACUUGCCUGGUAGAUGCAUUGAGCGGCGUAUUCAUUGGCUUCGCCUGUUUCGCCAUCAUUGGUCACAUUGCCAAUCUACAAGGACUGUCUGUGGAGGAUUUCCAAUCAUCAGGAUUCAACCUUGCAUUCAUCGUGUACCCUGAUUUCUUGGCCUCGCUUCCCUUACCGCAGCUAUGGUUGGUGUUGACGUUCGUUACGUUGAUGGCACUCGCAAUAGAUACAUUGGUGCCAGGAAUUGAUAUAAUAGUGACAGCACUGGGAGACCAGUUCCCUCUACUGAGAAGACGACGUUGGUGUACAAUCUCUGUUGUUCUUUCUACAGUGCUGCUGUUCGCCCUCUUAUAUAUCUCUCAGGGAGGGAUAUACGUGUUGACACUGGUGGACUGGUUUGCUUACUUCCCUGCCUUAGCACUCUAUGCCUUUCUGGAGUGCAUCGUUCUGGGAUGGUGUUAUGGCACAAAGAGGCUGGAGGAAGAUGUCAGUAUGCUGUGGGGGGAGAAGAUACCUGGCUUCAUGCAUGUAUGCAUUCGGAUCGUGUGCCCUGUUCUUAUUCUGGUGAUAAUUGCCUAUUCCGGGUAUUCAUACCGACCGCCCAAGUAUGGGGACUACAUCUUCCCAGCCUGGGCCAAUGUAGUCGGUUGGAUGAUAUCACUUGUAGCAGUCCUGCCUUUCCCCGCAGUCUUCAUCUGGAUAGUUGUCAACACACGUGGGACUUCAGUAAAAGAGGUAUUUUCAAAGAAUAAGCAACAACCUACAAGAAAGUGUGCAUUUUAUACCAGACGAAUGAAUAAUGUUCUCCUAAACUUUGUCUAGG